AUGCUGGCGCUGCCCGCCAUCAUCGCCAUAGCCGCUUGCGGCGCGGCCAUGUUCAUUGCCCUCUCGGUGGCUAGUGUUAUUGUCUGGGUCAGGUAUCGCAAAGAGCGCCAUACAAUGAGGCUGAUGGGCUUCACACAGAGGCCAGGGCGGCACAGUCGAGUCUUGCAAUCUUACCCGGUGGACACCUUGACUGAGCUGAGCCGGGCAGAAGGGAGCGUGUUAAGGGCGCAUGGGCAGCUCCCAUAUGGUAAACCAUCAGAAUGGGGACAAUUAACGUCGAGAGAAAGCUUGCAUCGUCUCAAGGGUGACUCGGUAUCAUCUCUUCCAUUCACUGAGAAAGCAAGAUCUCUCCGCAAUUCCCUUUCUCGAUCUCGUUCCAAGCGCCUAUCACGAUCAUCCCACAAACGCAUGAGCUCACUGGGUACAUUGGUUACAUUGAGUGAAUCAAAUCAACUUCCUAGUCCGCCACCUCAAGCAAGGAUGUCAAUAUCAAAAGAAGACGUCCCACUUUCAGCUGUCGAGGGAGUUUUGGAAUUGCCUGCAGAGAGAACUCCAACACAAACACCAGAUCCCAACGAAGAGGAUACUGGAUUCCAUUUAGGUAUGAAGCCUGUUUCACCUGGAUGGCCCCUUCCAGUACGAGAGCGGUCAAGUCUAUUUGCUGUUUCGGAAGGCCGUAACUCGUCUGGCAUGCUUGAUUCAACCAAGAACUUCGAAGAGUCUCCUAGUCGUGUUCGUGGGGGAAGUAUUGCUAGUCAAACAGCCGGGAUGAUGCCCGGUCACUCUGUACCUCCUCCUCCCCCACCAACUACGUUUCCCUCGGACAGAUUUAGUUACGCUAGGAAUGACUCUGUGAUGAGACUUUCGUCCAUGAGUCUGGAUACCACCAAUAGCUCAAUUUUGGAUGACGGUAGAAAUGGAACUAGGUCGGCUGAUACCGAUCUGACCUCACCCAUCUUUACCUCAGGCACAUUUGUGCCUUUCAGUGCUGCCGACGUUGGAGUCAAGGAUGGUCGCAGAAGUUUCAUUGCCACCAACACCUCCAUUCCUCCCAUGCACAACUUCCCAGUCCGUUCCUCCUCGACAAUUGAAACUCGGCAUAAAUCUGCGUCCUCGUCACCACGACGAAGUUUGACGACUCACCACUCAGGCGUCUCCAGCAAUCGUUUCGGUGGUGCUCCACGUCGAACUGGCUCCAUGUCUUCGUCUAAUCCCCCUUCACGACAUGCCUCCCUGCGAUCUGGGACUCCAGUGGGGCGUUUGGGGUAUCAAAACUCAGCCCCAUCCUGGCGAUCAUCGGGCUCUCACAUGUCCUCCUCUGGACCACAUGGCAAUCAAUUCCAUAACAGUACGGGCUACGAGAAUGGCGAAAUGGGGAAUGACCCCUUCUAUGUUGGCUCGCCUGGGGGUGGAACUCUAUUCCACCAGGUUAGAUCCCCAGGCAACGUAGCCAAGACCACUAAGCCUCCAAGCCCGAUGCAGCGUACCAGUCUCUCUCAAAAGAGCAAUCUUCCCUCCGCACUCAAGGGUGGAAAUCCACAUCGCAAGGGUCAUCGACGCCAAAACUGUGUUCGUAUUUCUAUCCAUCCACCUAUGACGUUUGGGUCAUCGACGUUCUCUCCUACCGUAGAAGAGGAGCCAGAAGACUUCGACAGGAUGGAGGAGCUGGAUCUACGUGAUAUCGCAAUCAACAGCACAGCAAAGCCCUUACCUUCUUUGCCACUAACUACAGCGUCUCCUCUAUCCUCUUCAAGGCGCAGCAAGUAUGGCAGUCGACAUGGCAAGCCCAGCCUUGGCUCUCUCGGGCCACUAGUCGAAGAACCCCAGCCCUCGAUUUACGACGAUAGUCCUUGCAAAAAGAGAACCCGUGCUCCAUCUGCGUUGGGUGCCCAUAAGCCCACAUUCGAAAACAACCGCGCUCUCCCUGAACUGUUCACGUCUCUCCCCACGUCUCGGGGCAACUCUCUCACCCACACUCCCUCUCCUGAAAGAAUACCAUCUGCAUGGGAGCUCUCGGAAACUCCAUUGCCAUCCCACGAGAACUCCCCUCUUGUCGGUAGCCCACGACGCUCAGCGGUAAAGGGGCCUCGCAACCAACCCGGCGGCAUGCCAACUCGAAGACAGUCGACUUGCGGCCCCUUAACCUCCCAUCACACACCAGAUAGUCCCUUGUCACCCAGCCGCCUCUCUCUUGUCAUGAGUAUCACAGGAACAGAAGGUAGCGACUGGCGCAGGUCUACAGACUCGCUCCAACGCGCGAGAACCGAUGCUACAAAUCGCUCAUUCCGCACAGAUCGUGUUUCAAUGUCUAGUUUGGACAACGAGCUGUUCCCCAUUAGUGGUUCUGCAUUGUAUGGUACCCGCCGGUCCUCGAUGGUCAAAGAUCACGUCGCUAUCUUUGAGGAUUCCAACCAGACCUCCCCUCCUCAAACCACUGUACAGCCCCCAAUUGGGUCCUUCCGCACGCCUGAAUCCUCCCCCACCCGUGGCAAGAACAAUAUCCCCCGUUCUAUGCCAGCCAACCAACAAUUACCGCCCCACAUGUCCAGCCACCAGGUACCCCCGACUGCUGCUUCUCCUCGCCGAGGAAUGACGACUCCAACCGGCAAGGGACUCGGGCUUGGACUUGGAACUGCCACGCCUGCUAGCCUUUACGACGGCGAUGGGUUCCUUCGGGAAUAA